UGCAUUGCGCGCCGAUCGCUUCUGCGCAGAACUGGCUUAUCUCGAACGAGCCUAAUGUAAUAAAGAGCAAAAUAAAUAGGAAUAGUUCAAAUCACUAAAUUUGUGUGGCUGAGAAUCAAAGUAGCAACAAUACAGAGCGAACACAUCCUGGUGCAAAUUGCUGGAAUUUCUUAGCUCAAUGUUCUUUAUCUAUUAUCCAUAAGGACUGUUUGAGAGAACUUUCUCGAAGCGGUCCGUUCUGUUUCCAUUCGUAGUUUCAGGCCGGACGUAUUUUUAAUGCGACACAUCCGCCAUGGACACUGUACCCGAGCAUGUUUUGGAGUACUUGACAGAAGUCGAGGAGGCAGCUGAGGAUGUUCUCACCACGAGACAACAGAUAGUGGACCUGGACACGAAGAGAAACGGGAACCGAGAGGCGUUGAACGCACUGAAAAACGAAAUGUCAGAUUCAGAGAAAGUGAAGGUUUGCCUCGGAAACAUGUUCAUCAAAUUCCCCAAAUUGAAGACGAGAGAGAUGAUCCAGAGAGACCAAGAGCAGCUGGACAAGGAGAUAAACGACCUUCGCACAGGACUGAAGGCAAAAGUCAACCGUCUAAACGAGAUGCAAGGAAAACCUCAGCUGAGAGGCUACAAUCUUUCCCCCCUGUCCACCGAUGAAGUCAGAGCCAUCAACAGCCUUUUAAAGAGAUGACACCGGCUCUGCUGAACUGCUGAAAAGGGCGAUAAGAGAAGAGAACAUGUUGGCAAGAUGCUGAAGAGCCUCGGCAACCUCUGGAUCAGCUCAUGCUAACUACGUUAGCCUCCUGGAUGAUUGACAACAGGGAUGUAAUUGACAUCUCCAUCACUGGCCUUUCAGACAUUUUUUUUUAAAUUCUUGUCAAACAUCGUGUUCUUGGUCUAAAAUCUACAAAAAAGAGCAACGUUAAUACAAAAAGUGUAUUCUAGCCACUCCCUCUGUCCUCUCACUUCUUAAAGUUCAACUCCAACGUGUUGUUUUAAAACGACCUCUGCAGUGAGUUUUGGAAAUGGAGAUGUUUCCAUACUGCAUCUUUUUCUUUUUGAUACUGAUACCUGAAAUUGUGCAUUGGCCGAUGCGGAAUACCGAUCCGACACCAGUGUUUAAAAACAGAAAAACGUCAGUUUAUGAAUCUUAAGAUGAAAACAUCCUUCAAACAACUGAAUUUAUUUAAGUUUCUUGCCAAAAACUACAUUUGAUAAGAUAACAUUUGAACACUUCAUGAUAAUGUUAAUCAUUUAAAAUGUUUUACUGAAUAUAGCUUGCCUCUUACCUCUGUUAACAUUAGCUGUUUAGCAUUGUUAUUUCACUAAACGGGACUGUGCGGUCCACCGUCUGCUAAUGGCUGUGAGUUCAUGAGUGUAGGUGUAAAAAGUCGUCACAGGUGUUGAAAGAGUAGAAGGCCAGCACAAAUCAAUCAUGUUUUGGAGUCCUGUGUUUGAUUUGGCAGUUCCUUUGGUUUUUGUGCUCUGGAGCCACUGGGCUCCUUUGACAGUUGGCUAUGGCUAGUUCACAGUUAGCCUCGCUCACAGUUAGCCUCGCCCACAGCUAGCGCCAUUUGAAAUCAUAAACAUUUUAAAAUAAUGUCACAGUGAAGCUCAUUUCAGGCCAACCGCUCAGGAUAACCACAGGUUGCUGCAGCGUGGGUUUUAUUUCCACGACUCCGGCCUUCACUUUAAUCACAACGACAACGUUGUCCUCCCCACAGAAGAAAUGUACAACAUACUAGCGCUCAGGCGCUCACACAGGCCGCAAACAUGCUAGUACUUUAUUUGGUUGUAAAAAAUGAAAGUCGGAAAUAAAGUGUUUGUUCACAACCUGA